GGGCAGCAGCCUGCGGAGACGGCGGCGCAGAGGUGCUUCUGCCAGGAAAGUGGUUACUUGGAUGAUUGUACCUGUGAUGUUGAAACCAUUGAUAAAUUUAAUAACUACAGACUCUUCCCAAGGCUACAAAAACUUCUUGAAAGCGACUACUUUAGAUAUUAUAAGGUAAACCUGAAGAGGCCAUGUCCUUUCUGGAAUGACAUCAACCAGUGUGGAAGAAGGGACUGUGCUGUCAAACCUUGUCAAUCUGAUGAAGUUCCUGAUGGAAUUAAAUCUGCAAGCUACAAGUAUUCUGAAGAAGCCAAUAAAAUCAUGGAAGAAUGUGAACAGGCUGAACGCCUUGGAGCAGUGGAUGAAUCUCUGAGCGAGGAAACGCAGAAGGCUGUUCUUCAGUGGACCAAGCAUGAUGAUUCUUCAGACAACUUCUGUGAAGCUGAUGAUAUUCAGUCCCCUGAUGCAGAGUAUGUAGAUUUGCUCCUUAAUCCUGAGCGCUAUACGGGUUAUAAGGGACCAGAUGCUUGGAAGAUAUGGAAUGUCAUCUAUGAAGAAAACUGUUUUAAGCCGCAGACAAUUAAGAGACCUUUAAAUCCUUUGGCUUCUGGUCAAGGGAAAAGUAAAGAAAACGCUUUUUACAGUUGGCUAGAAGGUCUCUGUGUAGAAAAAAGAGCAUUCUACAGACUUAUAUCUGGCCUCCAUGCAAGCAUUAAUGUGCAUUUGAGUGCAAGAUAUCUUUUGCAAGAUACCUGGUUGGAACAGAAAUGGGGGCACAACAUCACAGAAUUUCAACAGCGGUUUGAUGGCAUUUUGACUGAAGGAGAAGGUCCACGAAGACUUAAGAACUUGUAUUUUCUCUACUUAAUCGAAUUAAGGGCUUUAUCUAAAGUGUUACCAUUCUUUGAGCGGCCAGAUUUUCAGCUCUUCACUGGAAAUAAAAUUCAGGAUGCAGAAAACAAAAAGCUACUUCUGGAAAUACUUCAUGAAAUCAAGUCAUUUCCUUUGCAUUUUGAUGAAAAUUCAUUUUUUGCUGGGGAUAAAAAAGAAGCACACAAACUAAAGGAGGACUUUCGGCUGCAUUUUAGAAACAUUUCAAGAAUCAUGGAUUGCGUUGGUUGUUUUAAGUGCCGGCUGUGGGGAAAGCUUCAGACUCAGGGCUUGGGCACUGCUCUGAAGAUCUUGUUUUCUGAGAAAUUGAUAGCAAAUAUGCCAGAAAGUGGACCCAGUUACGAAUUCCAUCUGACCAGACAAGAAAUAGUAUCAUUAUUUAAUGCAUUUGGAAGCUCUUACCUGAAGUCCUGCACUAGCCUGUCCCCUAUACUUGGCCUGUCUCCUCGCUGUUGCUCCACUGCUGUGUGACCAGGUAGGACUUCUGGAAAUACUCGGAUGUUACUCCCUGCUUAACACAUUUCAGUGACUUUAUAAACUUUCAGAAGUAAGCCCAACUCCUUUGCUUGGUGCGUAAGAUCUCCCGAUAUGUCUCCUAAACCCAGUGUUCUCAUAAAACAGACCUUUAGUUCUUCAGAUGCUCCAAACAGCCAGGCCUCCACACCUGGGUGAAUGCUGUACUCAGGACAAAUACCUUCGCCAUCCUUUCCCACCUGGAGUUCCUGUACAUCCGUGUGGGCCCAGCAUAAGCACGUCCUCUGUAACAUCGCUCUGGUUCCAUUUACAGUGUGUCCUCUCACGUCCUCUUCUGUGUCAUCGCUGCAGUUACAGCCUACCUCUAUUGUAUCACUUACUGUACUCUUGUUUUUGUUUCAAGUCUAGUAUUAGAAUGUGAGCUCCUUAGGGGCAGGAAAAGGAAACUAUUCAUUUUUGGAUCUCCAUAGCCUAGCUUUUGGCAUAUGAACAUUAAAUCACUUUAAAUAAA